AUGGCCUAUCUUGUGGUGGUUAUAGUGGUGGUAGCCACCGCACUGGCACCAGUCUCCACCGCGAAAACAUAUAUUGUAGGUGACAGUUUAGGGUGGACUGUUCCUCCUUAUGGUGACGUGGCAUACGCCGACUGGGCUGCUAAACAUAAAUUCAUGGCUGGAGACGUUCUUGUGUUCAAUUUUACCAGUGGACACUCGGUGGGCACGGUGUCAUUCGAAGAUUUUGGUGAUUGCAAUGGUGAUCGUGCUCUGAAUGUCAAAGUAAGCAGUCCAGCAAACUACACACUUGAUGCUGGUGACACUUAUUUCAUUUGCCUCAAUUAUGAUGACCAUUGCAUCCAAGGACAACAGUUAGCAGUCAGGGCUUCCACCACCGGAUCGACAAGCAGUCCGUCCCCAAAGUCAUCCCCCGGCGGCAACACCCCUCCAUCACCUGUGCAAGGAAGCUCAGCCACCAGAGCCAUUUCGACUUCUUUUCUCAUAUCUAUAUUUCUUGUGAUUACAAACUUUUGUUAG